AUGACGGCGACGAAGGAAAAGGCCAUCAUCAAGGCGGCGGACAUGCCGGACGACAUCCAAGACGACGCGGUGACGGUGUCCAUGGAGGCGAUGGAAAAGUUCAACGUCGAGAAGGACAUCGCGGCGCACGUGAAGAAGGAAUUCGAUAGAAAGCACGGCCCGACGUGGCACUGCGUCGUGGGGAGAAAUUUUGGAAGUUACGUCACGCACGAGAGCGGACACUUCAUCUAUUACUACAUAGCCAACGUCGCGUUUUUGUUGUUUAAAGCGGGCUAG